GCAGGUUCAGUCACUUGUCUUCCUUCACUUCUGAUGUGGAAAUGUUCAUCUGCAUUUUAACUGAAACUGAGAAAGCCAAGUUAUUGGAGAAGUUUGUGGACAUUUUGGAAACUCCAUCAACAUCACCAAUAAAAAUACUGGGCCAGGCUAUAACCGUUUUUAAGAUUCAAGAACUUUUUGGCGUCAUGUUUACACUCCCUAUCAGAGAACUUGACGGUAUUGCUAAAGGAAUGGUGGAGAUGUAUUGUAACAACCUCAUACUUUCAAGGGACUUGGAUCCUCAAGAAAACAUGCAUGGGGAAGAACUGUUAUCUGUGGCAAGCAAUGUUCUUGUCCUGGUAAUAGUUCGAUUACAAUGUUCUUCAUACCUAUAUGCAUUCAUACAUAUGUACGUACCAACUUAA